AUGAGCUCUGCUUCAACUUCAAAUAGCGCUGAUGUUUUAGCAAAAAUUUUGCGUGGUUUUAUUAACGUUAAUGAAGAAAAACAAUUUGUUGGAGAAGAAACUUCCAAUAUUCCAAUCCCUCAACAACGAGAACAAAGUAUUUCUCCUUUUAAAUUUUCUUCAGCUACUAAUGGUUUCAAUUCUUUAAUAGUAGAAGAAAGAAAGGAAUGUAGAGGAGAAUCGCCAAGUUUAAUAACUGGAAGUAAUGGACUUGAAUAUGACGAAGAAUUGAACAGACGGGCAUUGAAGAGAAAGAAUGACAACAAAACGAAAAGUUGUGAAAGUACAAACUCUUCAUCCUCCUCAUCACUCUCUAAACGUCGCAAUGCUGGUGGGUCAAAAUCCCUUUUAACGGCCGCAACUGCUGCAGCAUUAAUGGCACCUUCUCCCCUUGGACAAGUACCUUCAAUUCCUGGAGUUAUUGCUGUUGCAGUUUCCCCAGCAGCGCAACUGUUUCGCGAGGAUGAUUGGAGUUGGCAUAGAAAUCCAGCGGCAGCAAUACGUUCGGGCGGAACAAACAAACAAACGCCCGUUUGGAAAUAUUUUGUAUACAAUAAAGCAGAGAAUUUAAGCAGAUGUAUCGUGGGCAAUUGUACUUACCAACUUAAAGGACCACAUACCAGUACACUUGCUUGUCAUUUGAAAAAACAUACAGCUGAAUAUGCUGAAUUUCAACGGCUAAAGUCUGAAUAUACCCGAGAACGGAUAGCUUCUGGGCACGGGCAAGCGAUUGCCAGCCUUGGAGCAACAAUGACAGACUGUGGUGGUGGAGAUUCUAGUUGUUCCACACCUGGAUCAGUUUCUUCCUUUUUUCCUUUUUCUGUACAAAAUGUUGAUAUUGAAUCGAAAAGUGAUGAAAGUUUUUAUUUUAAUCAAAAACAUUCAAUUUCUGUUGGAAAUCAUUCCUCUUCUCCUUCUUCAUCUACUACAACUCCUUCACCUUUAAAACAACAUAUUAAUAAUUCUUCAGCUUUCGAAGAACAAAUAAAACAAGAGCAACAACAACAUUUUCAACAACAACAACAACAAACAAACGGUUUUUGCAACAAACAAAAUAAUGGAUGUUUUCCUCAAUUUGAAGGUUUGCAUUUUAUGAUGGCUGCAGCAUUAGCAAAUGCCCAACAACAACAACAACAGCAAAAAACACCCCAAAUUGUUAAUCGGUUGCCGUCAAAUAAUGAGCAUUUAUUUAGCAAUAAAGACAAGGAAGGGGUUAAUUUGAUAAAUAUUCUCAAUAUGCUCAAUAGAAAGCCUGUUAAUAACGAUAAUUGGCAUUUAAAGUCUAUUAAUAAUUGUGAAGACAAAAAGGAGGAAUAUAAACAGGAAUUUAACAGUAAUUCCUUUUGUCAACAAAAAUCCCUAAACAACAAAAUAUUAGAAAAUAAUAAUAUUAAAAAAGAAUUAAACGAGGAUAAUAAUGCAACAAUUAAUACUGACAAUAAACAUAACCUUCAUUCCGUCGAACAUUUGUUAGGAACAACAAAUAAUGUUGAAGAAACAAACAAAACAAAAGAAAAAAUAAAUGAACAAGUUGCAUGUUUUAGUAGUGAACAACUUGUUUCGAUAAACAUGGAAAGGUUGUUGCUUUCGUUAGGAACAAGUUUUUCACGAUCAGAAUUAAUUCGACUGCUGAACAAUCCAUUUGUGGGAGAAUUUUUUUCUGAAUGGACGUUGGAAAGAAUUAAUAAGGUUUUAGACAAACAAUUAAUUUUGGUUCGAGACAAAACACGUGAACACCUCCAAAAUAUAUCCUCAACUAACGGAUUUGCAUUGAUAGCAGAAUUUUGUUGUGUUCAAUGUUGGAGUGUUCAUUUAAGUGAUGAGGAACAGUGUCAAACAAAUUUUGAUUCGUGUUGCGAUGGUGUUGCUGAUGAUUGUGUUGUUAAUGACAAUUUUUGUUGCACUCUCUUCGCUUCAUUCCACAAAGAUGGCAUUUACAAUUCAUUAUUAUUGGGAUUUCAAAAAAUGAAUGAAGCAACAAUAAAUUCAGUCAACAAUUUUAUAGAAAAUGUGUUUGCUUGUUUUAAUAUGCCUUCAACAUUUUCUACCCCAACAAAUUUGUUUAUUCGCCCCCAACAAAUAGCUAUUCAUCUUCAACAACAACAACAGAAACAAUGUUCGUCAAGUUUUAAUUUUAUAAUUAGCAACAAUGCUGAAUUUUCUUGUAAUAUUCCAACAAUUUCUGAAAUUGUUUACGGAAGUGGAAGCAAAGUUAAAAUUUCUAAUAAAAACGAGGAAGAAGAAAAAUGGAUGGAAAGAAGUGCUAUUCUUCUUUAUAACUCAAAAGAAAAAUUUAAUAUUGACUGA